UUUUCUUUUACUAAUUUAUUUCUUCACCAUAUUUAUCUUUUCUUUCUAAAAACUCUCCCUGCAUAUCCACUUCACGACUUUUGCGCCCGCUUAUCGCCAUCCUCAAUAACGGCUCGUUUCUAUCAAACAUCAACAACCAUACCAAAUAAUGGCUUUGAUACAAAUUGCAUCAUCUGCAUCAAACGUCCCGCUCAUUUCGGCGACUCCAUUGGAAUCCCGUCUCAUUGGCGCAUCAAACCCGAACAAACGACGCAACUCGGUUAUUGGAAUACCAUUCUCGGCUCCCAAACCAAAACGCAUUGCGUACUCCGAAUCCUCCGUAGCAAUGAGCUCAUUGCACGACCCGGAUUUUAUGCGGCAGGCCGCCGGCCUGGGCGCGAUGAACUAUUUGAUAAAGCCGAUAUCUGCAGACACUGUACAUAGCCUAUGGGUAAACGUCUUUUCGUGCCGCACACACCCACAUGCAACCACCGGCUGCUGCUGCGCGGAGGCACAGGCCUCAGCCAGGAAUGCGGCGCUCGAUGAUAGCACAUUGACACCACAGCAGACAAUUUUCCAGCGGCGGAUACGCGCCGACACGGUGAACGGCGCAUACACGGCAGACACACGCAACACGUCGUUCGAAGAGGACUUUAUACGCCAGUUUGUACCCGCCAUCUCAAGCACACUGCCCAACGGCAGCAGCAUCGACGACACAUACGCCACAGCGGACAAGACCGGAGACAAACAUCUGAGUGACACGACCAAUGUCAACGCCAACGAUGGCGACCUUGAUGAUGACUUUAUCGACGGCCCCCAUGCUGAGUACCUGCGGUCGCGGCUCAUGGAGUGGUCGUUCUGCCCAUACGAGAUGGAGCGGAGUGAGUUGGUCGAUUGCGCCAUCAUCAUGAUCAUGGAUAGCGCCGCGUGUGUGGACCUCAACCUGCGGGCGUGCCGGGUGCGCAAGUUUGUCAAUAUCCUCGAGUCCGCAUACUACGACAACCCCUACCACAACUUCAAUCACGCCAUCGAUGUCACUCAGUGCACGUUCUACAUCCUGCACACACUCGGCUUGUUCAACAAGACCGGCCCGAGGCGCUCGUCCCUGCGCUCUCCCUCCGAAGCCUCGUUCCCGGUGCGCAGCAUACUGCGGCCCACUGACGCAAUCGCCCUGAUCGUUGCCUCGAUGUGCCACGAUCUGGGUCAUCCGGGCCUCAACAACGCGUUUAUGGUGCGCGCGCGGACCCAGCUGGCCGAGAUUUACAACGACCAGUCUGUUCUUGAAAACUUCCAUGCGGCGUGCUUCUCCAUGAUCAUGUCAUAUUUCUUCAACGAGUUCGUCGCGCCCAACAGCAAGGGUGGCGCUGGCAGUGCGAGUGGGCUGCCGCCGUUUGACUAUGAGGAAUUCCGGCGGAUAGCAGUACAUGCCAUUCUGGCGACUGACAUGGCGCGGCACUUUGAGUUUAUUGGCAUGUGCAAGGCGCAGAGCAAGCGGUUCGCGUCUGGGUCGAAUCUCCCAUUGACUGCGCAGCAGCACGAGGCCGAGCGCGCGCAACUGGCGGCCAGUAUCCUCAAGUGCGCCGAUAUCAGUAACAUCACCCGUCCGUUCAACGUGUCGCAGCGGUGGACGCGGCGGCUCAAUCGCGAGGUGACCCUGCAGGGAAACAUCGAGGAGUCGCUGGGCAUGACGCGCAGCAUUGUGGUUGAUGCAGCCAAUGUCCCGGCCUCGCAGAUUGCCUUUUACGAGGCGUGUGGGCGGCCGCUGUUUAAUGCCGUAGCCGAACUGGUCCCCGAGCUGCAGUUCAUGUCCGACCAGCUGGAGAACAAUAUCCGAAACUGGGGGUUUAUCAAGUGCAACCAAAAAGUGCCUGAGGUUCCCUACGGGCUCAAGCAAUCUUCGGCGUUCGACCUGAGCACGAGCACGCGUGCCGGGUCGACUGACUCUGCGCCCGACUUUCUUCCCAAGCGCUCAACUGGCGCCAGCGCAAUGCCGACCCCAGCUUCGCCAACGUUUGCCAUAUCGAACUCGACUAUGGAGAAUGCAUAUUUGGCCGACUACACGCUGAACGCCGGCGACCUUUCAAAUGAAAUUGAAUCCGCGGACCAUCCGAUCAGCGCCCCAUCAGACUCUGCGUCGCAGAUGCCGGCCAACACGGGUGUCUCGUUGCCGCCGCACAUUCGGAGAUCGGCAACGGUAACAUCUACGUAGCGUGUGAACGUGUUCACGCAAAACAACAAAAGCUCCAAACCAAAAGCAACUAUUUUAUCAUUAUUUUUUAUCAUUCAAGACUUUUUUUUAUGAUUUGUGUAUUCACGCCUCCCAGCCCGCGAACUUAAUCGCCCUUUUUUGUUUUGUUUUAUCG